AUUUUUCGCCCGUGAGGUUGCUUUUGAUUGCAUGGCCCAGCCGAACUUUGUGCUUGUUGUUCUGACGACGUGCUUUCUUGCCUAGCGCCUUGGUUUUCCGGCUGUUCGGGUGCUUGCAUUUCUCCAGCUCCUUGCGCAGACUCACCAUUUUUACGCCGCUGAAACGUUCACGUUGUUUUGAUGUCAGUGUUGGUAAACGCCGGCGGGCACAUGUACGAUCAGCUGGAUCCUUAGUGGUGGGCACUUUUCACGAUAGUUUAAGCUAAUGUUCAACUACUGAGGUAAUAUUUUGUUGUACGAUAUUUUUAAAACUCUUAAAUAUAGUCACAUUUAUUUAAAAACUCUUCACAGACAAUAACUUUAAUACUUUAUUUGAAAAUAUAUGCAUAAUAACUAUGUUUACUUCGCAGUACACAUAUUUUAACUUAAAAACGAGCUUGAUUUGUGUACAUUUAGGCUUUUUCAAAUAGUUUUACCAGAUGAUCUUGCAGCUUAUAUUUAUCGAUAGUUAGCUUAAGGGUCCACCUCCAGCCAGAAUCAUAUGUUUCUGCCAGCACAAACACACCUGCGCGAUCGCAUAAAACCUACGAUCGGAACCGACCCGCGCCAUUUCCCGUGCAUUUCCAGGCCCCAAAGUCCCGCUAAAUGGCAACACACCUGCUCCGCAAUGGCGCUACCUGUUGGCUGCUCAGGAACUGCAUUUCCCGCCAGGCGACGUUAAGACGCUGCCUGCAUGUGACCUCCAGUCUGGAUAAGUCGGUCUCCUUCAAUCUCAGCGACAUCGGCGAGGGCAUUCGCGAAGUGACCGUCAAGGAGUGGUUCGUGAAGGUGGGCGACACUGUGGAGCAGUUCGACAAUCUCUGCGAAGUGCAAUCGGACAAGGCUUCGGUGACCAUCACCAGUCGCUAUGAUGGCAAGAUAACCAAGAUUUACCACAACAUUGAUGAGAUUGCCUUGGUUGGCAAGCCUCUGCUGGAUUUUGAUGUGGUGGAUGAGGAGGGCGAUGACGCAGAGGACUCAUCCUCCUCCUCUGCAUCCUCCGAAAGUUCUGCCAGCGAAGCGGAGCGGGAGAAACCAACUGAAGCAGCCGUCACGCCCACUGGCGGUCGUGUGAUCACUCCCGCUACGCCCUCUGUGCGUCGCCUGGCCAAGGAACACCAGUUGGAUCUGGCCAAGGUGCCGGCAACGGGCAAGAAUGGUCGUGUGCUCAAGGGUGAUAUCCUGGAGUUUCUGGGACAGGUGCCUCCGGGUACAAAUGUGCCACAUCCCACACUGGCGACCAAUAAGCCAGAGGCUUCUUCUGCACCCGCUGCAUCUGCUCCCAUUUCCGUGCCCGCUGAUCGCGUAGAGGUGCUCAAGGGAGUGCGCAAGGCCAUGCUUAAAUCGAUGACUGAAUCCCUGAAAAUCCCGCACUUUGCGUACAGCGAUGAGAUUGACAUGACUCAGCUGGUGCAAUUCCGCAGCCAACUCCAGGCGGUGGCCAAGGAGAAUGGCGUCCCUAAACUCACGUUCAUGCCCUUUUGCAUCAAGGCCGCCAGCGUUGCGCUUUCCAAGUAUCCAAUUGUUAACAGCUCCCUGGACUUGGCCAGCGAAUCGCUGAUCUUUAAGGGUGCCCACAACAUUAGCGUGGCCAUCGAUACGCCGCAGGGUCUGGUGGUCCCCAACAUCAAGAACUGCCAGGCGAAGAACAUCAUCGAGAUAGCCAAGGACCUAAACGCACUGGUGGAGCGCGGACGCACUGGCUCCCUGUCCCCUGCGGACUUUGCCGACGGCACUUUCUCGCUGUCCAACAUCGGAGUUAUUGGUGGCACCUACACGCACCCCUGCAUCAUGGCACCCCAGGUGGCCAUCGGAGCGAUGGGAAGGACCAAGGCGGUGCCGCGUUUCAACGACAAGGAUGAGGUGGUCAAGGCGUAUGUAAUGAGCGUGAGCUGGUGCGCCGACCAUCGCGUUAUCGACGGCGUGACCAUGGCCAGUUUCUCGAACGUGUGGAAGCAGUACCUGGAGCAGCCGGCCCUCUUCCUGCUGCACUAGCCUGCCUGAGACUCGAAAAACGCUAACUCCCACGGAUAAGGCUGUUUCCCGAUGCAUUUAUCUAGACAUCUAAUUUUGUAAAUUGUACGACAAUCCCUUUUGUUCUAAAGCAUGUGCCAUGUGCCGCCGCCCAUCCCCGAAAUGUGCAUUUAUAGGAGGAAAGCUGCUCUGAGCGGCUCCUCGAUUACUUUAAGCUCCUGGCGCACAUGGCUGGCUUUCUGUUUAACUCCUAUUUUUGUUUAACUGCAUUUAUUAAUUCUUUUUAGUUUGUUAAGCAGCAGCUUUAGCGUACAGUUCAACUGUAGUGUGUGCAUUUAUUUUAAAGCUUUGUUUUAAUGGCUGUCCAAUAAAUAUCCCAAGCGGUUUAUGUGAA